AUGGGGAGGUGUUCCAGAAUUAUUGGCACGCGUUUGGGUGUGCUUUUCACUGGAUUUACCCAUGUCGGCAUGCGUGAUGCGUCAAUCGGAUCGCAAGUAAGAAAGUCCUAUUCACCGUCUAUCGCAUCAUCGUUUGAAGAUCAAUUUUAUGCAUCUUUUCAGUGCUCAAUCGAGUUUGUUAACUCAGACGACAACAUACUGCCGCAUUAUCAAAUUUUGCCUUUAUCAAAACGCUCACAUGACCUUGAAGUUCCCAAGAAUAACUCCGCAAUCUGUUGUUUUUAUAAUUAUCCGGUUCCAAAAAGCAUCGAUUCUUGCGCUUGUAUUUCUCUCACGUCGCAAUCAAGCUACAAGAUGCCGAUGCCAUAUGAGUCGCAUUAUUUUUACUUUUUGCCGGAUGAAGAUCAUAUGGCAUAUUCAUUGCUUAAAUUUUUUGAAAAUCGAAAUUGGUCUUUAAUUUCAAUAAUUUAUUCAAAUUCAAGAAUUGGUGUUUUGGGGAAGCUUUCUUUUACCCUUGCACUGAAGAAAAUACUGCAAGAAAAGUACACGGGGCAAUUUUCAAACUCUGCUCUUCUAUCUGUGGCAUGUGAGACGGUUCUCAUCGAGGGCUCCAUGGAGGACGAACUUUCAAAGGCCAUGGCGUGCAUCAAGUCCUAUUCAAUCUCAAUUGUAAUUCUGGUGAUGGAAUACGGUGAUUGCGUAAAGUCCAUCAAUGUGCUUUCAAAGGAAUUUGACGACAAAAUCUCGAUUUUUAUUUUUCCUUCAACCUCAAUACUUGAGCAAAUCAAGCUCACAGAAAACAACUCUCCUCUCGAGUUKCCUGCAAAGCUAUCUGAAUUUCCUGAAAAGGCUAAAAAUUGCAUUCUUGAAAAGCUAAAUUUACAAAGACCACCUUCGGACCCAGAUUCGACCCCAAACGGUGCCAUCAGCAGUGUCAUGGUCAAUUCAGAUGCUGGGGUUUUUUCUUCCUAUUAUAAAAAAACAACCGAUCUUCAUUCGUACAAGGUGGGAACGUCAAGUGACAAUGAGAUUUUUUGGGUAAUUCCAUUUAUCUUUGAUUCUGUUGCUUUUGCAACGCUUGCAAUCGAUAAGAUGACAAGGAUGGGGCAUAGCAAUUUCGAAAUGCUUGACACUUUUUUGUCUAACAUUUCCUUUUACGGGUUUACAGGAAAAAUCGAAUUCCAAAACUACCGUCGCAUUGGCGGAGACCUAUCGCUAUACAAUGUUGAAAUACACAAUGGCCAAUGGGCUUCUUCCAGAAGAAGUUUCGCUAUCCUCAAUCAUUGGAGUCUGUUUCAUGAUUAUCUUCAGCAUCAUCUUUUUCGUCUCAAUCGCAACGAUUAUUUAUUUAUUCUAUUGGAAAAGUUCUCCCAUUCUCCAAGCCAGUUCUUAUCUUUGGCAUUUCCUUUUGUUGCUUAG